GAGCCAACGACCAAGGACGAAGAUGGGGAUCCCGCGCUUCUUCCGCUGGGUGAGCGAGCGCUACCCGCAGAUCAACCAGCGCAUCAGCGACGUCUCGCUGCUGCCCGAGUUCGACAACCUGUACCUCGACCUCAAUGGCAUCAUCCACCAGUGCACGCACCCGAACGACCAAGAGGUCUGCGAAGAGCUCGGCGACCCGCAGCAGAUCCCGGCCAUCUUUGCCUACAUCGACCGCAUCGUGAGCCAAAUCGUCAAGCCCAAGAAGCUGCUCUUCCUCGCCGUCGAUGGCGUCGCGCCUCGCGCGAAGCUCAACCAGCAGCGCUCGCGUCGCUUCCGCGCCGGCAUGGAGCUCCACGAGAAGAACUUGUCGCUCCAGCGCGACGGCGACGACGACGAAACCGGGCCGCCGGCUGUGCUGUUUGACUCAAACUGCAUCACGCCCGGCACCGAGUUCAUGUACCGCCUUUCACUGCAUCUCCAGUACUUCAUCCGAAAGAAGCUCAAGGAAGACCCGGCAUGGCGCAACCUUACGGUGCUCUUCUCCGGGCAGGAAGUCCCUGGUGAGGGCGAGCACAAGAUUGUCGAGUACAUUCGCCGCACCAAGAUGCAGCCCGGGUACCCGCCGAACGUUCGCCAUUGCAUGUACGGCUCGGACGCCGAUCUCAUGCUCCUUGGCAUCAUGACGCACGAGCCUCACUUUACGCUGCUCCGCGAAGUCGUCGACUUUUCCGGCGGUCGCCGGUCGCCCAAGGACGAAAACACCAAGAAGAUCGUUGCCCGGCAGACCAAGGAGCUCGAGUGGCAGCUUGUGCACCUCUCGGUCUUUCGCGAGUACCUCGACAUUGAGCUGCGCGCCGACGUGCCGUGGUACGACACGGAGCGGGCGCUGGACGACUUUAUCUUUUUGACGUUUCUGCUCGGAAACGAUUUCAUUCCGCACAGCCCGACGCUCGACAUUUCGGAAGAUGCGAUUGCGCUUCUUCUGGAGCUGUACCGGUCCAAGCUGCCGACGUGGGGCGAUUACCUCACGAACGGCGGCGCCUUGACGCAUCCGUCGCACCUCGAAGAUCUCUGCCGCACGAUCGGCGCCAUGGAAGAGGACAUCCUCACGCACCGCGCCGACGAAGACCGCAAGCGCCAGCAGCGCAGCCGGUAUGGCCGCGCGCCUGUCGAGAAACCGAUUGUUGUCGACACGGACGAGCUGGACGAAGAAGACGCGUUCGCGGCCGAGCUCUUGGCGGCGAUCGAAGGGCCGCCGACAGACGUGCACGCGGAGAUGGCGGUGCUGUCGGGGUCGCCCGAGUUUCAAGCCACCAAGUGGGCCUACUACAAGAGCAAGUUUGGUGUCGCCGACAACCGCCCGGACUUGCUCCGCCACGUGAAAGUCGCGUACGUCGAGGCGCUCGUGUGGUGCCUCGGCUACUACUUCCAGGGCGUCCCGUCCUGGUCGUGGUUUUACCCGUUCCACUACUCACCCAUGCUCUCGGACCUCACGGACAUUGCCGACAUUGUGUCGGAGCUCUACUUGGAGAAAGGCACGCCGUUUCUGCCGUUCCAGCAGCUCCUCUCGACGCUGCCGCCGACGAGCGCAACGCUCGUGCCGGCGCCGUACCAGCAGCUCAUGACGGACCCUGCGUCGCCGAUCGCGCACUUUUACCCGAUGAAGUUUGAGAUCGACAUGGACGGGAAGCGCAAUCCGUGGGAAGGCGUGAACGUGCUUCCGUUCAUUGACGCAACGGCGCUGCUCGAGGCCAUUGAGAUGUAUUGCCCAAACGACCGCCUUACGGACGCCGAGCGCGCGCGCAACACGCCAGGCGUCGCGUACCGCUUCACGUUCGACGAAGGCAACUCGGAGACGCUGCCGUCGACGCUGCCGUCCGUCUUCCCGGACGUCCCGCUCUGCCACUCGAAGCGCGAAGUGUACACGCUCCCGCCGCUCAUCAACUUUGACUCGUCGCUCGUCGACGGCGUCACGAUGCCCAUUGCGGGCUUUCCGUCGUUGCACUCGCUGCCACUCGAGGCGUCGUACCUCGCGGCCAUCGGCGUCAACUGCUUUGGUAUGAGCUCCAAGAAGAGGACGAUGGUGCUCCAGAUUGCCGACGCCAACGAGCCGACGCUCGAGCAGGCCCAGGCGCUCUUGGGAACGACGGUGCAUGUCAACUACCCCAACAUGCACGAGGCGCUCGUUGUCGCCGUGAGCUCGGUAGACGGCAUCGUCCGGCGCAACGGCGACGACGGUUCCGUGGACAUGCGCAGCUUUACCGACGCCGAGGUGCGGACGUUUACGAAAUCGGCGUCGAUCGAAGCGCAACGGUACCUCAACGGCCGCGCGAUCCCCGGCACGGGCGGUGUGCGCAUCGGAACCAUCCGUGCGUUCUUGCACGUGCGCCCGCUCCAGGGCAUGGUCACGGACCGUGUCUCUGGUGCGACGACCAAGCUCUUUGGCGACGAUGAAGUCCAGAUCCCGUUCCAGUUGGCCACGACGUCGCUGCCGACCGUCGACGCGCGGUUUGUUGAAACACCGGCGCUCUCGCACGUCGAGCGAUUCCCGCUGCAAACGCCGGUGCUCCUGCUGGCCGACGGCGCCCGCGGUGUCGUCGUGGGGCAUCAAGACGACGGCACGGUCGACGUGAACGUAGAGACCUUGACGCCCGAGCCGCCGUUUGGGUAUGCGAUCGCCGAGGCCAUCGCCGACAAGUUUUUCCCGAGCCAUGUCGUGAGUCAGCGCCUCGGCAUUACGCCGUCGACGCUCGGGCGCGUCACGGGCUCGCUGCUCGUCAACCCCGGCCGGUAUGAUAUUGGCUUGAACAUCAAGUACAAGAAGGAGCUCAUGCUGCCGGGCUACUGCCGCUACGAGCCCAAGGCCCGCGACGACCGUCCAGUGUGGGGCUCGGGCGACUCGGUGGCCAUCGUCGGCAGCGACGCGGUCUCUGCGUCCGCGGUCGUCGAAGGUGCGUGGGAGUACAGCGACAAGGCGUUCCACCUCCUCCUCGCGUUCCAGCGCAAGUUUCCCCGCGUGUUUGCCGCCGUCGAGAGCCUUCCGUACGCCGCCACGUACGACGGCGCGACGUUUUUGAACGUGGCGCCAGCGCUGGUCAAGCCACAACUGGAGGCCAUUCGGACGUACCUCGGCCAGUUGGACAUUGCGACGAUGCCGCUCGUGCCCGUGACGUCGACGACGCUCUCGGCGGCUGCGGUUCGUGCGAUCGAAAAGGCCGGUGAAAUCCGCGCGACGCAGUCGGCGGCGACCUCCAAGACGACGGUGAACGUGCCCACGUCGGCCAUCUUCCGCCCGGUGGGCUCCAACUACGAUCUCUCGGCCUCGCUUGUGGGCGCUGGCGUGACGCCCGUGCUUGGCGACCGCGUCGUGAACCUCGCCGCCCGCAGUGUGCCGUUUGGCCUCAAAGGCACGGUCGUCGCGACGCACGCUGUGAGCGGCUGCGUCGAAGUCGUUUUUGACACGACGUUUAGCGGCGGAUCCAGCCUCCAUGGGCUCUGUGCGCCGCACCGUGGCAAGCUCGUGCCGUGGUCGGCCAUGCUCCGCAUCUCGACGAAGCCGGGCUCGCCGCCGACCGCGCUUCCGAGUCCGAAGCCCAGAGCCAAGCCGGUGCCGAAAGCCAGGGUCAGCCCAACGGCGACGACGGGUGCCGCGCCGACGGACAAGCUCAGUCCGCCGACCAAGGCCAAGGCCAAGCCCCAAAAGACGCCCAAGGCUCAGGAGAAGGGUGUGCCGCAGCUGGCUAAGCAGCCGCCGGCCCCGCCGUCCACAGACAAGAUGUCGCAGCUUAUCCACAAGUGGGCGGCCGAGGAGGAGCAGAAGAAGAGCACUAUGAACCGCGACUUGACGGCAGCGCCCGCGUCGUCGAUGGCGCACUACUUCCAGCAGCUUCAGCAGGCCCGCCCCGAGCCGACGCCCAAGCCCACGCUCUUGCAGCCGACGGCUGCGCCGUUCCAGCCGCCGUUGCCGCCACAGCCGCCGCUUCCGCCGUCGCCUGCGUACCAGCAGCCGCCCGCGUAUGUGGCUCCACCGCCGCAACCAGCGUACGCGCCGCCGCGCACCCCCGCCGUCGUGACGUCUGCGUCGGGUUUGCUCUUGCCCGCGCAAGUGCUUCGCUCCAAGUUUAACCAGCCGGCGGCGAAAGAGUAAAGCACUCCGCCGAGUUUGAAUUCGUAAAGACAAGAAGUGGUUGUGGGACGAU